GUGCUCAAGCGGCAUGUCGACCACCCCAACAUCAUCACGCUCGUCGAGAGGUUGCUGAUGGUCAGGCCCAAGGUGCUAUGGCAGGCGCCUCAAGAUGAGUUGAUGUCAGCUGUCCGAUGGCUUCUCGGCAAUGGAGAAAUGCCCUUUCACAACGUUGAGCUCUUCACGGACGGUUCGGCGUUCGACCUCGACACCGACUUCGGCAUGGCAGGCCGUGCAGUGGUGCAUAUUCCCCUCGGGCCUGGGUGGUUUGAUCCAGGCCCGAAGUGUGCGCUGAGGGCGCUGGGGUCCCCGUUGGUGGGAUUGCACCAGUCCGUUGAGGGCGCGGAGCUGCUGGCCAUUCUGAUCCUGGUGCGUCACAGUCUGGCGCCGAUCACCGUGGGAGUGGACGCCAGCUACGUUGUCGAUGGGCUGCUGUCUCGUGGGCGAGAAGGCACAGGUGGUUCGUCUCACAGUUGGGCGUUCCUUUGGAGAUUGGUCUGGGAUGCCAUCGAAGACUUUGGUGGACUGUGCCCAGAGGGGCUGACUGUGGUCAAAGUCAAGGGGCACGGGACCAUCGGGGACGUCGAAGCGGGCAGGCUGACACGCUGGGAGCGCCGUGGCAACGUCGAGGUGGUUAUCAAGCAGCCGCCGAAGAUUCAGCUGACCCUCACCGCGCACGAGUUCGUGGAGGAGGUCCCUACCAACUGGCCGUGGGAGACCCUUGCUCAGGGGCCAAGCGUCCUGCAGCGGCUGCAGGGCUUGUGGCAGCAGCAACGGUUGCUGCCAUGGCAGCGUCUCAGAGCAGUGCAGAUGGCCGAGAGGACGGGGAUGGAGAUCAGCACCAGCCUGAGCCACCCUCUUCGUGUGCAAGUGCGGGUGCGUCGGCAGCGAUGUCUUCGUUGCCCGCUGGUGCUCGUGGUCAUGAUGUUCGCAUUGUAUGUGGUUUUCGAGUGGGCGUUAAAUGUUGCUAUUUUGUUCGUGAACGUGACGGACUGCUUCGCCAGCUUGGGAAGGAUUGCACAGGACAUCCUACGAAAGGCGACAACGCAGGACGUGUUCGACGGCAGCGUCGA